GAGUAAAUCAGCCUGUUGUGCAGGGGAGGCAGACACACAAACAGAAAAUUGGACUACAGUGCUAAGAUGCUGUAAGAAGAGGUUAACUAAAGGACAGGAAGAUGGGGCCAAGAGGUGGUGCUACUGUCUACUUUAGGGAUCGUCUUUCAAGGCGAGGGGCCUCCUAUCUCAAGCUGUGAUACAGGGACCAUGGCCAACUGUGAGCGUACCUUCAUUGCGAUCAAACCAGAUGGGGUCCAGCGGGGUCUUGUGGGAGAGAUUAUCAAGCGUUUUGAGCAGAAAGGAUUCCGCCUUGUUGGUCUGAAAUUCAUGCAAGCUUCCGAAGAUCUUCUCAAGGAACACUACGUUGACCUGAAGGACCGUCCAUUCUUUGCCGGCCUGGUGAAAUACAUGCACUCAGGGCCGGUAGUUGCCAUGGUCUGGGAGGGGCUGAAUGUGGUGAAGACGGGCCGAGUCAUGCUCGGGGAGACCAACCCUGCAGACUCCAAGCCUGGGACCAUCCGUGGAGACUUCUGCAUACAAGUUGGCAGGAACAUUAUACAUGGCAGUGAUUCUGUGGAGAGUGCAGAGAAGGAGAUCGGCUUGUGGUUUCACCCUGAGGAACUGGUAGAUUACACGAGCUGUGCUCAGAACUGGAUCUAUGAAUGACAGGAGGGCAGACCACAUUGCUUUUCACAUCCGUUUCCCCUCCUUCCCAUGGGCAGAGGACCAGGCUGUAGGAAAUCUAGUUAUUUACAGGAACUUCAUCAUAAUUUGGAGGGAAGCUCUUGGAGCUGUGAGUGCUCCCUGUACAGUGUUACCAUCCUCUACCAUCUGAUUAAAAUGCUUCCUCCCAACAUAGGA